AACGAUCAGUUACUUCCAUCAGUACGCCAGCACAGCUCCGAUCAACGAUGCAGCUCCUAGUCGGUCUGUUUGCAGUCUGCCUUCCAGCGCUUGUGCUAUCCGAUGUAAUCACUGUGCAAAAGUGCACCGACGGAACGCUACCCUCUGCAGUGGAUGUGCCCGGCUGUCAAUCGACUCCGUGCGACCUCCCGAAGGGUCAAGAUGCUAAAGUGCUGGUAGAUUUUACGGCCAGCAAACAGCUAACGAUCCUGCGUCCGGAAGUACGUGCCAGCUUCGGUGGCCUGACCGUUCCCUUCGUCCUACCGAACGAUCGUCAAGAUGCGUGCAAGUGGCUUAUCGGUUCGCAGUGCCCGCUGUCACCGCAGGAAGACGUUACGUACGAGCUGCAGCUACCGGUACUGAGUAGCUACCCGUCGCUCAGCCUUACCGUAGAGCUGAAGCUGCUCGAUCAGAACAACGAGAUCGUGACGUGCUUUCAGUUGGCGGCCAAUGUGAUGUAAAGUGUUUCAGUAAAUCCCACACAACGAAGUAAUAUUUGUUGGAGAUAA